CGCUGCCAUAUUUGACCGUAUUUAAACCUACGACACACGGUGCAAUUUUUCAUCCCAGAUCGCAUGAGUUAAUAAAUUACUAGAACUGCAGCAUACAGCAAUUUAUAUUACUAGAUCAAUCUAAUAAGUAACUACAUCACAAUAUACCAAUCAGCAUACAGUAUUUCUAGUAAUUCACUAGUGCGCAUGCGCGAAAAAAGAUCCGCGCGCAGCGAAUUUUAGACAUUCGCGCUCAAUCUAUUCUUUACUAUGUCUAUGGUCUAUUAGCUCUGUCCUGUGUAGCUGCGCUUUUUCUGUACACCUUUCGUCUUUUCUCCUUUUCCCUCCAAUGCCUAAAUAUAUAUCUAUCUUAUUUUGAAUGCUGAAGGUGUAUAAUAAGUGCAACUAUAAUACGGAACAGAGCUCUCUAUUGAUUCGCAGAACCCGAGAACACGUCCUUGCGGUCGCGUAGUACAUACGUCACACAAUGAACGCCGUAGUUUGUGUACUACAACGAUUUGCUCGCGCGAACAAUUGUUUACCGCUGUGAUCCUCUCGGAUCUCUCUCGCGAUUCGCGCGUCCGUAAGAUAUUUGGAACGUGCGUGUAGUGCGUGACGUGAGAUCGUAUCGGACGAUCCCCCGAGCGUGCUACCGUGUGAAGUGUGUCAGUGAAGGGACAAAGGGUGUCACGUAAGUGUGUGCGCCGCGAGCCCUCGGGAGGACUCGUCACGAAAAAAAAAGACCUCGAGAAAAAAAAUUUUAAGAAUUAUAAAUGAUAACGAGAAAGUAAAAUUUCGUAUUUAGUGGUCUACUAUCUUCGCGUGACAAACUUUUCUAGAUAACCAAAAAAAAAAAAAAAAAUAAAAUAAAAUAAAAUAAAGAUAAAGUAAAAGAAAGUAAAACCCGAUAAUAAACGAGAUCUCUCUUGACAGACUCUUGGCAGGUUUUGCGAGCAAAGUAAAACGGUUACGCUGUAAAAAAAAUCUAUCCAUAACUCAUCUCUGCUUUCAGAAGGAGUGCAUAAAAGAUAAAUAACUACUAGGACGAGAGGCGAAUCGCAAUCCAAAAUAAGAAAGAAAAAAAAAAAAAGAAUUCCUUCGUGUUUUCAGAGACUCUCUAGAAUAGCUCUCCACAUAUGGAGCAGCCUGUGUUAUCAUUGCUACAUAAUCUCAAGGACUGUUCGUAAUGCAUAGUUUACGUCCCGGCCAGAUAGCUGACUGAGCUUAAGGCUCAGUCAAGGCAUUGCCAUGUGUCCCUUUGAUCGAUUUGUGUUAGGUGUAAGAGAGCUGGGUGUCGCUACGGCGCGUGUAGAAGUUUCUCCAAUUGAAAGUUCUCGGGACAGUGUGGACCUUCUGUUCGAUUCAGAAUCCCCGAACUAUCCUUGCUGUAUACUAUAUAGUCCUUUGCUACUGCGCUAUUGUCGUAAGAUGUACGAGAAACGCUACGAUACUUGGUCGUACCUCCUGCCGGAGUGCUCUCACGCGACUCGCGACGUAGUAAUAAGCCUCUCUCUCGUGUUUGCGUUACAGGCAGAAACCUUGCCUGAUCCUCCGGCGGCAGCGAGCGACAAUCCGGAUUGACUAUGGGCAGCAACACAGACGGCGACAAUCUGAAUCUCAGCUGCGGCGAGAACGACAACGGCGACGAGUUGAGGAUUGCCGCGGACGAGACUUAUGACACUCGUAGCGAGGUCUCCUCCAGCAGUUCUAAUACCAGCAACUCGAGCCAUCCCACCAUCAGCACAGUUUCCAGCAAGUCCUCGCGCGGUGACAACAAGCGCGGCAGGAGAAACAGAAACAAGCGCGGUAGAUCUAGUAGAGAUUCCAAAUCGUCCAGUCCUGAGCCUAAGCGAGCCAGAUCCAAGGAGAGCAAGGGGACCACUAAGAGCUACGACUAUGCCACCAAGUUGAAUUACUUAUUUAGAGAUGCAAGAUUUUUCAUCAUCAAGUCCAAUAACGCGGAGAAUGUGACACUGUCUAAAGCCAAGGGAGUGUGGAGCACGCUGCCACAGAAUGAAGCAAACCUAAAUCAAGCCUAUAGAGAGUCGCGAAAUGUGUUGCUGGUAUUUUCCGUGAAGGAAUCGGGAAAGUUCGCUGGCUUUGCGAGACUUAGUACAGAAUCGAGAAGAGAUGCUGGACCAGUUUCUUGGGUUUUGCCUCCUGGCUUAUCGGCAAAAGCUUUAGGUGGCGUAUUUAAGGUUGAUUGGAUCUGUAGGAAGGAAUUACCGUUUACAGCUACAUUACAUUUGUACAAUCCUUGGAAUGAUGGCAAGCAAGUCAAAAUCGGUCGAGAUGGUCAGGAAAUCGAGCCUAGAGUUGCCGAGGAAUUGUGCAGAUUGUUUCCAGAAGAUGAAGAAUAUAUAUCUGCAGGAAUCGAGAUGACACCUAUUCUGCGUAAGUCCAAGGAAGCGGGAAAGCAUGUCGUAAAGUCGUCGCGUUAUCGCGAUAAGAGACCCAUAAGCAGUUCCAGAUUUUUACGAAGAGGUGGACGGGGGCGGAGAUUGUUCUUGACUUCGAGAUCGCGUCUAGCCUCUCUGGCCAGAGGUUCCCACGGCGUUGCAGGAGAUCACAGGGGCUCCAGAGAUCACUCAUAUCGGUACACACCGUGGUUCAAUCGAGGAGAUUCACCUUAUACAAAAGGUUAUGGAGCUGGUCUAGGCGUCGCUGCGGUUGCAGAGGCUUAUGUGGCAGAUUACAUGCGUACCAUGCAACAUCAGUUGCCACCGUUGCCGCCUUACGGUCCACAUCCAUACGAUACUUUGCCACCACCUCCUCCACCACCAAGAUAUUAUGAUGGCCUGCCACUGCCUCCGGAUUAUAGCGCGACAGCGUCAGCACUGGAGAAACGUAGUUAUGAGAGGAGCGUCGACGAAUUUUUGUGGAGAACGGCCAGUCGUCACAGUCGGCAUAGCGAUCAUCGCUCUUCCCGCGAUCAUCACAGAUAUAGAGAUCGCAGAUAAGAAUUGACUCCAUUGUUUCCCUAUCGGCCCGUCGAUUCCCAAAUCUUGCUCUAUUACUAGUGACAAAUUGAUAAAUUGGACAAUGACAUCUAUCAUACACGUUUGAAAAAUUCAGAUAAUGUUUCUCAGAGAAAUCCUAGAUAAAUUAAAUUGUAUAUAAAGUAAAUAAUAAAAUUUAAUCUUAAUAAUUGAAUUUUAAUAAUUAAAAUAUUAAGAUUGAUAUCUUUUCCAAAGAUGUAUAAAUUCUCAGGCCUAUAAAGAAUUUUGGGAAUUGACGGAUUCAAUUAUAUAUCCAUUAUCACAAAGGCAAUCGCGCGCGCGCGCAUGCACAGAAUCAUGUUUCAGUAGCCUUCAAUUGUCAUUAAUCAUCGAGCUGCCUGAGUAUAGAUAGUGAUUGUGAACGCAUUUUCUCUAUUGCAAAAUAGCAUAGAUUAGCUAAGUAAAUUUUGUACUAUUGAGUAUUGAAAAUUCGCGAUUCUUUCUAUAAAUUUUCCACAAAAAAUAUGCAACAAUAUCGAAAUAUUUCAUCUUCAUUCUUGAUUACAAAAAGAAUCUACACGAUAAAAUAUUUUUUCUCUUUCUACAAUUUUUUUUUGAACACGUGUGUAUGUAUGAGAUCAGUGUGCAUGUGUAUGUAUGUGUGCAUUAUCAUCUUAAUUAUAUAUUUAUACAAGAUAAUCUUUAAUGAAUAUAAAAGCAAUGAUUUGAUCUCUAAAACGAGAUUGAUUUAUUUUUCAAUGAAUUUAAGCAAAAUAAGAUGUUUUUCAAUUCAAUAAUUCUUAUGUUUAUAUACAUAUGUAUGUGUAUAUGUAUGUACACGAAAGACUUACAAGAUACAUAAUAUAAGAAAAUUAUCAAUAUAUUAUUUUACCUUAUUGUUUUUUCAAUACUUGAUAAUCAUUUCAUAGAAAAAAGUGUUUAAUAAAUGGAAUAAGGAGAAA